AUGAGUGGUAUUGGCAAUCAAGCGAUUUUGUCAGAUGAAGAAUAUUCUGAUACAAUAGGAUGUCUAAAUAAAUUAAAGGUACCUCAGAUCAAAGAUAUUGUUAGAUGCCUAUCGUUGCCACUUUCAGGAAAGAAACAGGAUCUUAUUGAUCGAGUGGUGGGUUAUUUGGAGCAAGGUAGAAGAUUCAAUGAUAAUGUGAGAUUACUUGCGGUCAGAACGAUAGUACUUAAAGUAAGAAAUAAUGAUCCAAUUCCAAACUUCACAGCACUAUAUGACGCCUUAAGAACUGGUGCAUAUAGCUUUGUUGAAGGCAUAAGUCAGUACUCGAAUUAUAAAAAUCAGUUAUCGUCAUCUUCUUCAUCAUCGCAAAAUAAGUCUAGUAAUGAAUCACAUCCGUAUAAAGGGCAUGUAUUGUACUUUAAAGAAAGCCCAUUCUAUAAAUUGAAACGACUAGUACAUGGUAGUCCACAGAUAGCUAUACCGAGCAAGGUUAAGGCUGUUUGUAGGUAUCAGUUUAUUUUGAAUGACGAAGAGAACAAAUUAUUUAAACUUUCUGAUGAAAAAAUAAGAUUCUAUCUCCUAUGUGGUGUGUCUAAUAAUUCCACGGCUUCCACUUCAUCGGCCCUUUUACAGUUUCCAAUACCAAUAGAAAUCCACGUAAAUGGAACUCACAUCAAAGAAAAUGUUCGAGGAAUUAAAGGUAAACCAGGAACAGCUAGGCCCGCAAAUGUAACGGCUCAUAUCUUGCCUGAUCAGCAGUUAAAUAAAAUUGAAAUGGCGUAUGCCGGUACAACAGAAAGUUUCCUUCUAUACCUAUAUAUUGUGGAAUAUGUUUCUUGUGAAGAAAUCAUCCAAACUAUUGUCGAACAGCCUCACAUACAUAAAAACUCUACUAUCUUAGAAAUUAAGAAGGAGUAUUCAAAUGACGAUGGGGAAGAUGAUGAUAUUAUUGUUUCUACUUCAUCAAUAUCAUUAAAAUGCCCUUUGACAUACGCUAGAAUGAGAUACCCCACAAAAUCUAUAUUUUGUCAACAUAUUCAAUGCUUUGAUGGUUUAUCGUACCUUCAAUUACAGGAGCAGGUACCUAAUUGGAUAUGUCCUGUUUGUUCUAAUAAACUUGAAAUCUCUCAUUUAGCAAUUUCAGAUUAUUAUUGUGAUAUUCUAGAUAAUACUAAUCAUGAAGUAGAGAAUGUUACGAUUAAUGAUGAUGGAACGUGGGAAGCUAUAAAUGAAACGUCGAACAGCAACAAUAAUAACACUAACACUAAUAAUAAUAAUAAUAAUUCUAGAAGUGUUGAAAGUUCAUAUGAGAAUAAGUUUACACAUGUAAAAAGAAGUCCACUGUCUAGGGUCUUAUCUGAAGAGACAAGGGAACGUACACCAAGUUCGCAACCAGAAGCAAUUGAGAUUAUCUCUAUUGAUAGUGAUACGGAUGAUGACGUAGAUAUGAAUGAAACAACUGACCCAUAUUCGCCAUAUGGAAUAGCAGCACAGAUGCUUACUUUACUGGAUUCAAAUAGGAUACAACCACCUAAUUUAUUUCGUUCGAAUACGAUUUCUGAUCAGGCUUCAGUCGUAAGCGACAGCGACGUUCACAGUUUGAAUCUCCCUACUAUUCGAGAUAACAAUGUUCCCAAUCGUUCGAAAAGUAAUAAUAACAAUAUCAGCUUACCGCCUAUAAAUCAACAAACCCUUGCUCAUAAUGAUGAAACUCUAUCAGCUAGUAACAGAGAUGUUCCAGAUACUUUGUCAGCAAGAAAGUCAACUAUAAAUGAACAUAAUAAUUCUCAUUCUGAUACAACAAAUCCGAAAUCAGGAGCUAGCAACAAUGAAUUUGGAAAUAAAAUUGAUGCAAGAAAUGUACCACCACUUCACGGCGCUACAAAUAAUCUGAAUCGAUUUAACCCUACAAACAAUAGGAAGAAUACUGAAACCGAAGGAAAUAUAGUUGCUCCUGUUAAUCAAAAUACCAAUUCUAAUCCAAUGAAUAACGAACUGUUGAUUAGACGUUCAGCACCGCCCCCAGUUCAUCAUUCAAUAAAUCAUCCAUCACAUAAUAGACUGGUGCUGGGUGGUCAGUUUAAUAAUACCCUGUUACUGCAAGAUCAAGAACGUAUGAGUAUUCAACAAAUUCAUGGGUUACAUCCAAUUUCAAAUAAUGGGCCUAUGGAAGAUAGAAGAAUGCAACCGGUAACAAAUAUCAAUCUGAUGUCUUCAUCGUUAGCUCCUAAACGCACUUCUAUGACAGAACCAAUGCCACGAUUAGAACAGCCUAAAGGUCAAACGACUUCAAAUCAAAGAAGCACCUCUGUGCCAGUCCCAUUAAUCCUGGAAGCGCAUGAACAGAACGUUCGAGAAAAGAAUAAAAGUUAUAGCGAUCCGCCUACGACCUUGCUAGGAGCUAAGCUUCGACCAUUAAAACAGCUCCCAAUGAAAGUGAAUCCUUCUCAAAAUUCGGGCACACUUCCAAACAUACAUCAACUCGAAAGUCUGUUGGGUAUUCGAAACUGUGAUGAUAGACAGCCGUAUAAACUAUCUAAGCCUACUCCUAAUCAAAUAACAAAUCAAAGAUCAACCAUUUCGAAUAUUUAUGAAGCUCCUCGUGAACAUAGUAAGCAUGGUCCAUCUUUGGCUGCUAACAUAUCACGGACGCCAAAUUCAUCACGUCCGUCGCCCAUGAUAUUCUAUGGUAGGGAUUCCCUUUCCAAUAUCUAUCAAUCUCAUAAUCCCACCCAUCGAGAAUCAAAUCAACAGAUGGGAAAUAACAUAAACGAUUAUCGAAUAAAUCGCACCGAUAAAGCGCAGCAUCAGUCAUCAGAUACAUCACGCGAACUAGAUGCCAAUGUAAAAAGUCCACUUCAGAGCCAAAAUCUACCUUUAUACAAUUUGAAGCAGGCUUCUCUAGUCGAACCACCAAAUCAAGGCUAUAAUCAAAAACAAGCUUCUAAUAUGAAUGGUUCUGACAAUAGAUCCAAUUAUGAUCCUACAAAGUCUCUGGAUAAAACAUCAGUAUCGACCUCCACCCAACCCAAUUCACUUAGGUAUUCUCGAUCGGCAUUUGAUCUAGUGAAUAAAAACCAUUCCGAGCCUGUGACGUCAGAUAAACAACAAGGUGUAGUUGGUUUACUAGGAAUUGUUCUUAGUGAAGAUUCUAUGCAUAUGAACCAACCAUCAGCUCAACCACCUCCAUCACAAAAAAGCGAGUUAACGCCACUCAAAGGGAAGAUCGAUAAUAUGAGACUCGGCACUAGCUCUGAUAAGAAGCGAAGUUUGUCCGGUUCUAGUUCUGGUAGAACUUGGAAUAAAAAAAUGAAUCCCGAUCACAAUGAUUCGAUGGAGGGUAAAGAUACCAAUCACGACACAACUCCAUCGAAACCAGUGUAUGAUACUUUAAGUAAUCAACGUUUGCAUGGUUGA